AUGGCGCUCGGCUCGGUGACAGACGAGCUUGAGCCCAAUUCUCAGAGCAGUACGUCCUCAAACGAGUCAAUAGAGGAGCGAUGUUUUGCCGCCGCCCUCAUAUGCCUCGAAGGCCAUUAUACCGACUCCCCUGCAAUGGGCCCUCAGACCAAUGCUAAGGUCGUCUCCAUGGUAUCACGUACCUUGGAGAAGACUCAUGCGUCAAAAGAAGUCCGAGAGGCUCUGUCCAGGAACGUCGCCAUAUGGAUAUGGCUCACGAGGAUAUUUGCCGCUGCCAUUCCAAAUCUCACCACGCGCUCUGUUGGUCCAUUAGCCAGCUUGAAUGACCCAGACAAGGGCGUGACCCCUCAAGAGAGCACUGCUCUCAUCGUCAAGAAUUACCAGGGCCUGAAGGACGACUUGCAGAUUCUUAACAAGCUGAUGCACAUCGCCCGCAAUCUUCUUGUGACCACCGAGCCCGAGGUGCCUCAGGACUUAUGUGCGGCAGUCCAUUUUGACCAGAUGGUCUACCAGACCAUCAUUCUUUGCGUCAACGUUACGAGCAAGGGUUACGAUGGAGAAGUCUUGGAUGAGAACUCUAGACAGAGACUCAAUGAGAUCACCGAGCUUUACAAGAAGAUCCUCGUCACUUCACUACAACAAGCACACAACUGGACUGCCAAGAACGACAGGAACAAGAUGUCUUUCUGGUUUGACGUAUUGUUUGAUGAGGAUGCCGCACUGGAUGACCCACAGGACGGACUUGGUGAUGGACUAGGCUUUCGAGUCGACGUCGCCAAAACGGAGGUCCAACAUUGGCUGGAACGCAACUCAACAAUGUGUGACACUGCCCGGCGGCUGCUUAGAGACUACGCCGAGAACCGUUCUCAGAAACCUCCUGGUGCAUUGGCACCAAUAUCGCCUUUGGCCUGGAAUUGGCUACCUCCAGGUUCAGUAAAGGUCAGGGCCGACGAUCCGGAGGACAACGACAAGAUCAACCCGCAGUGGAAACCGGAGGAGACAGACAAAUUUGAACAGGAUAGGUGCUAUGGGCGCGUAUCCAGAGAGGUCGACAUGUGGUGGAUCAAAGCACGAGACGCAAACUUCGAUGAUUGGGUCGUACCUAUGCCCUCGGUGGAGUUCGCGCAGAAGCGGACUGAGAACUGCAAAGAGAACCUCGUCAAUCGAUAUGCUCAUCAAUACCGCGCCGAAGACCAGGAAAGACAAGGUUCGCCACAAGAGGGCGUUCACGAAGCCGAUUACGCCGACGAAGGUGACCAGCACGCCCCCGAGGAAUACAGCGAAGAGUAUGCAGACGACAUGGUUGAGGACGAGGACGUGGACGACGACGAUUCCUACGGCGAGGGUCCUAUGACUGGUCUUCUCACCGAAGUGCCUAACAUACUCGAUCCAAAACAGAUCGAGGCUCUGCACAUGAUCGUCAAGUCAUGCAUAUUGGACGCAGCCGGCAGCGGUUGGACGAGGGCAGGCGAGAAUUUGCAAAAGACGCGGUGUCGCAUGUUCUUGGCCCUGGACUGCGGGAAGAGUCUUCUAAGAGAAAUGCUUGUCUUCAUUGCGGUCUGGGAGAAGGAUGAGUCCUCUCUCAUCUUCCAGAUCACGAGCCAAAUUGUCGAAGCCAUCCAUCACAGUGCUCUGAUACCUUACGCGUGGAACAAUCUGAGGAUACCCAAGGAUAUCGUUUCACCAGCUCAAACAAUCCUACUCCGACUCAUCAACUAUAUGUUUCGAGCUCGAAUCAAGAAUCCGCCCGCCGAAGAGAACAAAGAUCAGAUGGUGGCUAUAAGAUUAGUCCACUUCUUCUUCAUCACCUUCAGAAGCCGGAUCGUGCCGGAGUGCGUGGCCCUGAUGAACCUGCAGGCCCAAAUUCGGGACAACGCCAUGGAUCCUGCAGACUUUCCAGUCGACAACUGGGACAUGGAACGUGCUAAGGAUGGUCUGGUCCAAUUCUUGGAUUUUCUCACGACAGUCUCCGACGAUCUCGAAAUGCGAAACAAGCUGAUCGAAUGGGAGGCGGCAUACGAUCUCUUGGCCCUUCUGAAGGGCCUCGAGGCUGGCGUGCCUAAGAAGCCUCUCGUUGAUGUGCCCCAUCGCUCACAACACCGUCCGGCAGAUCCGGCGGCAUCGGCAUCGGCGAGCGAGCACUACGAUGUCAACGACCCUCCUCCCCCUCCCCCACCCCACCCAAACAUUAGAGAGACUCCAUCCGCUCACACCUUCCCGUGGGCCGGUGUCAAGGGCCAGAUCUUGCAGAUACUCGCGGCUCUCCUCCAGCCGCCUUCCGGGCGCAGCAGUCCAGGCAACCCAACGGUGCAGGCGCAGGUCGUACGACACAAUGGCAUAGUAGCCUUGUUGAACUGCUGCACCUACGAUGACCACAACCGCUACGCUCGCGAGCGUGUCCAGCUCUGCCUGAAGUGGCUCAUGGACGGCUGCGAGGACGCCAACACGUUCCUGCGCAACCUGGUGCACAACACUCCUGCUCCCCCUAGUGCCACACCAGCACAGACUACGAACCUUCGCAUCGACGGCGUGCCCGGCGAGGUGAGGGUGCAGGUGCGUCCAGCUCCAAGCGAGCCGGCAAUGGCCACGCUGAAUAACAAUGGUGUCAGCGGCGCCAGUAACCCCGGGCCUGUUGCUCCAGCACGAGCUGCCAACGCCCCCGUACCGGCGGUCCCGAGCUCGAGCACCGCCAACGGCGGGCCCCAGCUUGACAACCCCCGAAGUAAUAUGCGAACCUAUCUCCAAGCGCUGGAUUGGGCGCAGGCUCAGAUGCCCCCUAGGAGUCGAACGGACGAGCUCCUGCACGACAUCAUAAACCUUGCGGACGAGGCCGCGCGGCUGGCCCUCGGGGAAAAUGGGGAGGAGACGGAAGACGAGGACUUCAUGUACUGCGUCUUGAAGCUUACCGAGCGGCUGAAAAGGGAGGGCAUCGACAUCAACCUACGCGACGCGCUUGGCGUUGAUACGGACCCGAAAUUGAGAAACUUGCGAGGCAAGCUGUGA